GCCUUCUCAAUGCACCAGAUUUGCCAGAAUCUAUGCCAACAAAUUCAAGAUUGUGGGGAGACAAUUACUUUGAUGCUGAAGGAAAAUGCUGGAGAAAAGACAACAUCAGUGGAUCAGGAAAAGCUAUGAAGAGAGCCUUCGUCGCUUUCAUCAUGGACCCAAUCUGCAAAUUGGCUAAUGCUGUUAUGGAAGGAAAUAUGGAUGUAGCUAAUAAAAUGUUUGAAACUUUGGGAUUGAAACUCACAUAAGAAGAAGCUAAAUUAGAAGGAAAGCAUUUACUCAAGGCUGUUAUGUCCAAAUGGAUCAAUGCUGCUGAUACAUUACUUGAAAUGAUUGUGUGCCAUUUACCAUCACCAAGAAAGGCUUAAAAAUACAGAACUUCAUAUUUAUAUGAAGGACCAUAAGAUGAUGCUAUUGCUUAAUCAAUGAGAGAAUGCAACCCAAAGGGGUCCAUUAAUUAUGUACGUCUCCAAGAUGGUUCCAACAACUGAUAGAGGAAGAUUCUUUGCUUUCGGUAGAGUUUUCUCUGGUACCAUUGCUACUGGAUAAAAGGUCAGAAUU